CCACCAUCCAAGAUGCAUUGCGUGAAAAUUAUCUUUCCUUUGGUUCUUGCAAAAAAUAGCGAAAAUGGUGAGCCCUGUGGAAAAAUUAAAUAUAGUCAAAAAGAGACGAAAGAAGUUCAUACGCCAUCAAUCUGACCGGUUUAUGCGCGUAGAUAAAAGCUGGCGCAAACCUAAAGGAAUUGACAACUGUGUCCGAAGACGAUUCCGAGGACAACGUCUUAUGCCCAGCAUUGGGUAUGGCUCAAACAAGAAAACCAGACACAUGCUGCCUGACGGUUUCAGGAAAUUUGUCGUGCAUAAUGUUGCAGAACUUGAAGUGCUGCUGAUGUCCAACCGUCGUUUUGCGGCUGAGAUUGCACACAAUGUAUCGAGCAGAAAGCGUAAGCAGAUUGUUGAACGGGCCCAGCAACUCGCAAUCAAAGUUACAAACUUUAACGCCAAGUUGAGAAGCGAGGAGAAUGAGUGAUGAAUAGUUUAACAAUAAAUUUUCCCACUUGGAUUCCUCCGUGA